AUGAUUUCCCAAUCCAUUCAUUCCGAAAGCACUAACAAAUUAUCUCAUCUCAUUACUAUCAAACAAAUCACUCCGCAACUCAGCGAAAGGCUUUGCCACCGUGCUUCUGAAUUUAAACAUUUUUUCAGUACUCAACAACAUGAUCAAUACAAUUCCAUCCUCAAAGAUAAGAUUGUCAAUUUGUUGUUUUUUGAGCCUUCUACCAGAACCAUGUGCAGUUUUCAGAGUGCAGUGUUGAGAUUGGGAGGUCAUCCUCUAACUUUGGAUAUUCAAAGUAGCAGCAGCGUGAAGGGUGAAUCUCUUCAAGACACACUCCGAGUGAUGGAACAAUAUGGAGAUUUAACUGUGAUGAGACAUUCCAAGAGAGGAGUUCAUCAAGAAAUGUCGUCCUAUCUAACAAAACCUUUGGUCAAUGCAGGAGACGGUGAUGGAGAACAUCCAACACAGGCUCUCUUAGAUUUAUUUACAAUUAAGGAAGAACAAGAUCGAGUGGCCAAGAAGAUUGAUUUUCAAGUGCAAACAAUUUGUUUAUUUGGAGAUUUAAAAUAUGGUCGAACGGUUCAUUCUUUACUGAGAUUGUUAUAUAUUUAUUUUAGAAAUCAACCUUUGAAAAUUUAUUUAAUUUCGCCUGAAGGAUUGAGAAUGCCUCAAUACGUGAUUGAUGAAUGUGUUCAAUUGGGUGUCAAUCAUACUCUCGUACAGACUGAAAUGUUAACACCUGAAAUUAUGAACGAAUUGGACGUUAUUUAUGUCACUCGAUUACAAAAAGAACGAUUUGAGAGCGAAGAACAAUAUUUAAAGCUCAAGUCCUCGUUCUGUUUAAAGAAAGAAAAUUUAAGUGCUUCUAGGAAUUCCCAUGUGCCAAUUAUUAUGCAUCCAUUACCAAGAGUAGAUGAGCUCGAUGAAGCUAUUGAUUCUGAUGAAAGAGCUGCAUAUUUCAGACAAAUGAACAAUGGCAUGUUCAUGAGAAUGGCAAUAUUGGAAAUGUUGUUAAAGUAA